AUGGGUUUCCUCGGUAUCGUCGAGGAUAAGCAUCUUGCGCAUGUGCCUGCAACCGUCAUCCUCAGCGAGGAACAGAAUCCUCUCAAUGUCUCAGAAGUGGCUUCGGCGAGCCUGAAGCGUGGCACUGGCAAAGACGCAGACGUUAUUCUGAUACCUCAACCUUCCGAAGACCCCAAUGAUCCAUUGAAUUGGUCAUACACCAAGAAGAUGGUCAUUAUGAUCAUCGUAUCCUACGGCUCUAUACUCUACGCUGCCGUGCUAUCUCCCCUUCUUUCGCCUGCACUGGUACUUAUCGCAGCAGACUAUGGAAGGAGUGUCGGAGACAUCACAGUCAUCUCCGGAUAUAUGUUACUGGUGACUGGAGGCGUCGGACCUAUCGUCAGUGCAUUGUCUAGGAAGUAUGGAAAACGUCCCCAACUUAUAAUUGCGUCGCUCUUUGGUCUGCUUGGGACUGUAGUCGGCAGUGCUGCAAACAGCUACGAGGGUCUCUUAGCUGGGCGUAUCAUUCAAGGAGGUUCCGUCUCUGCUUUCGAGUCCCUCGUAGUCGCCAUGAUUGGUGAUCUCUUCUUCGUCCACCAGCGUGGCGGAUUCAUGACACUCAUCCAAUUCAUCUUGGGCGCCGCGUCGAACUUCUCUGCUAUCAUUGUCGGACCUAUUGCAACAAAUCUCGGAUGGCGUUAUCUGUUCCACAUCCUCAUCCCUUUCGUGGCUCUCGAAGUCAUCCUUCUCUUCUUUUUCGUUCCAGAAACCAACUACAUUCGUGAUCAUCGGUACGAUAUCGAUGAGCUAUCCAACGACAACCUCGCAGACCUUGCAGCGACCGAGAAGCGACAUGCCGGUAACAGCGAGAAAGCCGGAAGCGACGACAUGAUGAAGAUCGAGACGGCGACCAGCUCACCACCUGCCCUGCGCCCAAAAAAGACCUACGUACAGGAACUCGCGAUCUUUACAGGGACGUACUCAGAUGAUAACUUGCUGCAGCUUGUCAUUGCGCCUUUUGCAGUUUGCGCAAACAUGGCUGUACUCUGGAUGGUCAUAGUGACAGGAGGGCUCACUGCUUUCUUUGUUGCACAAUCAUACGUCAUGGCUCAGAUCUUCAUGGCUCCUCCAUAUCUGCUCAGCGCAGCUGGUGUUGGCUACCUCUCUUUGGGACCUUUUCUGGGUGGCCUUCUCGGAUCGAUCCUCCUUGGCGCGACACUCGAUCCUCUCAUCAAAUGGUGCGCGAAGAAGAACAAUGGAAUCUACGAGCCAGAGUAUCGUCUACUUGCUAUGAUUCCGUCCGUGACGAUUGUCAUAGGUCUAUGCUUGUUCGGUCAUCUCGCCGAGGAGGGCAAAUCAUAUUAUCUUACAGCCUUCUUCCAUGGCAUGGACCUCUUCGGAAUCGUCAUAGCCGCAAUCUCUGCUUCAUCUUAUGUCCUGGAUUCCUUCCGCGAUAUCAGCUCUGAGGUCUUCAUCAUCAACAUGGUUUUCAAGAACUUCCUGUUCUACGGCUUCUCAUAUUUUGUGAAUGACUGGGCGGCUAGCGAAGGACCUGCUGUUGUAUUCUAUACCUUUGCCGGUAUCGCUGGCGCAAUGAUCAUCACGGCUCCCGUGUUCUUUUUCUGGGGCAAGGUAUACAGAAGCUAUUGGCACAGGCAUAAUCUGUUGCAGAAGUGGGGUAUUGCGACGCAUGCGGAGAUGUAG